GGCGGUUCACUCAAUUUCUCCCUCCCAAAGCCGCUCUUCGUCUCGCUUGCUCGCUCUCUCAUGGCGGACAUCGAUGAAAGUUACAGGGAGUACCUCCAGAGUCUCCAAGACCCGGGACCCUUUAUGCUAGAGGCUGCGGCAGGCCCCGAAGACGGAGGAGCAGAUGAAGAAGAAGACGACGAGGACGAAACCGAAGAUGACCAGGACGGUGUCGAGUACAUUGGUUCGCAGACGGUUGACGUCGCCGACGACGACGAAGAUGCCACGGUAUCUGCUCAAGCGCGAUUGGGCGAAGAAGAAGAACCUAGAGAUGAACGGCUGGGAGAAGUAGUAGGAGGAGGAGAGGCGUGUUCUCCGGGUGGAUUUGGGGCCGGCGGUGCCGAUUCUGAGGCGAGCCAGUCGAAGCGGGGCGAGAUCGACGGUCUCUUCUGCCCUAUAUGCAUGGAAGCUUGGACCGACGACGGUGGUCAUCAAAUGUGCAUAAAUGGAGGCACAUUCGUUAGUAAAGGCCAUGGCCUGUUUGGAAUGUGCGAAACGUUUUCGCUAAUGCUUUGUGUCUAUAUUUUGUUAUGUUUCACUGAGUGCAGUUGUCUUCCUUGUGGCCACAUUUAUGGCAUGUCUUGCAUCAAGAGAUGGUUAAAGCAAAGGGGGAACUCGGGCAAGUGUCCUCAAUGCAACAAUAAGUGCAAGUUGAAGGAUGUGAGGAAACUUUUUGCAUCACGCCUUGUAACAGUAGAUGAGGAGUCACAGAAGAAAAUCCGAUUCCUUGAGGCCAAAUGUGCCUCUCUCGAGAAGAAGGUAGCUGGUUGGCAUAUGAAAGAGGUUGAAUGGAAAAGGCAAGUAAAAAAAUGGCGUAAGCAUGUGAACGAAUUUGAAAGGAGAGAAUCUCAGCUGAAUGAGAGACUUGAUCGUCUUAAGGAGAGGGAAACUGAUCUAGAGCGCUUCCAUGAAGUUUUGAAUAGAGGGCAAUUUGGAUCUGCUGAAGCUGUUGCAAUAUGGCAGGGACGAUCAACAUCUGGUCAUGAAUGGGGAUCUAGGUUUCCUGGUGGAGAAUCCUCUAGCAAUUUUGGAACACAGACCGAGCUGCGAGUGGAUGGUGCACGUCUAUUUGAUAUAUGUGCUUCAAGUCAAAUGUUAAUUAUAGCACGAAGGCUAUCCGGUAUAGGGAUAAGGGAUGCGCUCACCAAGAUGAGUUUGAUAUAUCCUCACGAAACUGAAGAUAUCAUUCUCCCUUCCAGAAUUAAAGCUGUUAGAGACCUGCAUAUCUCACCUUUUGAUCGCAGUCUUGCAGUUUUUGCUUCAUUGGGGAAGACAUUAUCAGUUCUCAGUCUUGAAAGCAACAACAUCAUCCUUGCUUAUGACCUACCGGCUGCUGCUUGGUCGUGUUCAUGGGAUCUCAAUAAUGCACAUCAUGUGUAUGCAGGAUUACAGAAUGGAAUGCUUCUGGUAUUUGAUAUGCGCCAAACUCUGAAGCCUAUGAAAUCCCUGGAGGGCCUAUCGUGCAACCCAAUUCAUUCCAUUUACUCUCUUCUACAUAAGGAGACUCACGGAGCUCGAACAAUUUUAAGUGCUUCCUCAAUUGGGUUAUGUCUAUGGAAAGUUGAUUCUAGUGAAGGAAGGCCCACUUUGGUAUCUGAAUCAGCAGAUGGAGGAGUUUGUAUAUCCCUUGCUUAUUGUCCGAGCAGUGAUGAUGUAGUUGCCACAUACCGUCCCAAAGUGGAGAUGUCUAAAGAGGUCACUACUUCUCAGCCUUUAUCCACUCCUAGUUCUUCCCCUGUGGGGGGACAAGCAAUUCGGGGCUAUCACGUGCAUUUUAGGAGAGCAGGAAGCUCUUAUCAGAAGUUGGGUACUACUGGUGCAAAUGUGAGUGAUGUUCGCCUCCCCAGAUCUGCAAUUGUUGACCUGGAGAAUCGCAAUCGGCUUUUUGCUUCCGGUGAUGAAGCGACCAAUCAGUUGAUCUUGCAAGAAUUACCAUCCUUUUCAGUUUCUCAGCAACUUAAACUGAAGAAGCAUCCUUUCCGUGAUGUCAAGUACAUGAGCGCCAUGAACCAAGGCUUGUUAAGUUGUUUAAGCGAGGACUCAUUGCAGAUUUUCAAAGCAAUGCCUGCAUGAUAAAGAUGAUCAAAUCUAGGGGGAUCCUUGUGGGUUUGGCUGCUCCAAUCUGCAAAUAUUAAUGUACUUCAGCUGUUUCUUUAGUGUUUUCCUCAGCAAUCUGAUUGGCUCGUCCAUGACAGAGGGAAAAAGGGAAGAUCUCAAAUGUAUGGUUCGAUCAACCUGGUUUUAGUUUUUGCUAUUGUGUUCGGUCCAUAACUCCAUGGGCAACGCUUGAAUCACAUGAUUCAGAGAACCUUGCAAGCGAUUUAAUUUAUAUUCCACAAUGUUAGAUAUCAUCUUGGCGGUUACUGUUCUUACUUUUAAUUGGGAAAGCACUACACUGUUCUGUUAGUAAAGUUGAGAAUAAGGUAUGUUCAGUUGAAUACAAUCGAUAGUCUUUGUACGAUACAAUGAAUACAUUUAGCAUGCGGACUGAAGUGUAUUAUGAUGCUAGAAAAGUUGUAGAAUCACCAGUGAAUUGUCAGUUUAUUAUGCUAGCCGCAUUUGCAUAACUUUCAAUGAUCUCUUUCUUACAAAUACCAAGUACAUGAUUAAGCAAUCAAGCGAUGAUUCUACAUUAUCACCUUCCUCAGCAUAAAAAUUAACAGAGAGAAUACGGUUUUGUGUGGGGGUGAUCGAUUUUGGAACCGGACCGAAUGGGUCGGUUCCAGAUAUGUGGAAUUGGAAACCAACCCUGUUGACC